GCAUUGUCUAGAGAGGGGUGGAAGAGCAGUUUUUCUGCUUUAGCUGCUUUUCUCCGCUUCUGUUAUCACUUUUAAAUGUUGCCCGUUAGUGUUCUGCGCAGUUUUAUUGUAAUAAACGACUCACUUUCCUCCCCUGAAGAGAACAGAGGUUUGUUUAGGAGCCAGUCGUGGCAGCAGCGUCGUGGGACUCGCCGCCUCCUCACGACUGAGGGAAAACCAUGAGACCAAGCGGACUUUAUUUUCUCUUUUCAGCAGCAAACAUGACUUUGUCUGGCCGGUUUGAUCGAGGCUGGCUGCUUAAAGAAUGAGACAAGGAGGAAAUGACACUCUGCUAGCACAAGAAGACGCGUAGAGAUAUUAAGGAAGUGACCAGAAAAGCUUUGGAGAUACACCUUUUUGGUGAUAUUUUAUGCGUCGUCCAAUACCUGAUUGAGUGGAUACUUGCAGCAGUCUUCGGGAGGAAGUCCCAGAUGCAUUCGCUUAUGGGGAACUGAGGGGGAGCGGACACUUGCCCCCUCUCAAAAAAUGCUGGCUCUGAGACUGGAGCAGAGCAGGCGAGGGCUCAGCGAGGCCGAUCGCCUGCAGAAGGAGGCCGUCUCCGCCUGGCAGGCCCGUCAGCCCGCGAGGCCGGCGGCCAACGAGCAGGGCAUCAACAUCAGGGAGAAGAUCUCCCAGUGGGAAGGUCGCAGCCAGCAGAGCAGCAGCCAGGACGCUGGAGGAAAAGCACAUCCCCCCGUAUCCCGAACCCUUUCUGCAGACCUCCUGGGCUACGGAUGCUCCAGCCCGAGCCCGAGAGGAGGCCUUCAUUCAAAAGAAAGCUCCCCGAAAUCAAAAAGCAUGGGAUUAGAUUUUAGGGAAUUCCCUCUACAGGUUGGGCAUCGAGUGGUUGGUCGGAAGUCCGAACCGUUGCCAAAAUACUCCCCCCAAUUUUCAGAUCCAGGGAAAAUGGCACCUUCGUCACAAACAUUAGCAUUUUCUAAGUCGGAAAUUAACACCACGUUUUCUCCAAGUCAACACAUCUUCUCUCCCAGCGGAGACCAAAGAGCGAGUCGUCUCUUGGACGUCGAAGUCAUUCCUAAACCUCUACCUCCGUCGCAUGAUGAGCACGAAGACAACAUGCCCGCGGGAAACUUCUACACGUCCCGGGGAUUCUGGCGGAAGCUGGAGGGGGACAGGCUGCUCUGGGAAAAAGGCCGGAGCUCGGCAGGUGAAGCUCUUCCCCCUCCCAAGCCUCAGCGGACAUUCCAGUACCGCGGAGCCAACAACAACAACGGCAGGCAGGCCGUGCAGUGGGACAGCAGAUCCCCUCAUAAUAACCACUACAGCGUGAGAAGCAGGAGGGUCGCGCACCCGCCGAGCUUCCCGCCUCCCCCAUGUCCCGUCGCAAAACACGAAGGACUGAUGAGGCAGAAAAAGAGCAGGAAGUCCUUUGAGUACGAGGACGCUGCGCGCCUGACAGCCCAGCAAAGCACUCUGGGAGACCAAGCUGCACACCCCAACCUUUACCACGCCUACUCUGAUGACAACAUAUACGAAGACAUCGUCUGUGAGAUGUCCUACGAGGACGUCAAGAUGCCUCCAACCUGUGCCCCCUCAAGUCAAGCAAACACUCAAGUCUCACAGUUGCCUCCUAAACCCCAAACGUUGCAUGGAUACGCGUCUAAAGUCGAGAGGAAGAUGCUCCAAGUAUUAACACCAUCCAAGUCCUCGACGCUCGCAGACGCUCCAAAACCCGCGACGCCCCGGCGCACAAGCACUCAAAAAGUUCACAGGACACCUCAGUAUGUCAGCAAGAUCGAGACGAUUUUUGACGACAAGCGAGGGAGGAAGAGAGUGAAGAACCAAGGGCUCCUAGUUCGAGCAGAGGAGACCAGCGGGACGGAGAGUGACCCCGAGGACAACUCCAAAGCAGGUUCCAGGAGAUCGGUUUACGUUCAGUCUACUCUGAGGCGGCGGCCGGGAUACCGCACCCUCGAGCGAGACCUGAUCCAGCUGCAGCAGCAGCAGCUCUUCCAGAUCUUUGUGGCGGUGUCGCUAAGAAAAGGCUCCUCGGGAAACACCUACUCUCCGGAAAUCACUCAACAAUUCCCCAAAAUGUUCGAGAAGUCGUCCCGGCUCUCCAGAGAGGCUGAGGAUCAACUGAAGGUCAUUCCCAAGUUCUGCUUCCCCGAUUCUCAGGACUGGAAACCCUCCGCACAAAUGCCAAGCGAGACUUUUUCCUUCGUCCUGACCGGAGAAGACGGCAGCCGCUGGUUCUGUUACUGCCGCAAGAUCCUGCCCAGCGGAAAGGGGAAGAGGCUUCCAGAGGUGCAUUGUAUUGUCAGCAAGUUGGGUUGUUUCAACCUGUUUGCGAAGAUUCUGGAGGAGGUGGAGAAGCGGAGAGAGAUUUCCCCGGCGCUGGUUUACCCGUUCAUGCGCAGCGUGAUGGAGGCCCCUUUUCCAGCACCCGGACGCACAGUCACCAUCAAGAGCUUCCUCCCCGGCGCUGGGAACGAGGUUCUGACUCUGUGCCGACCGGUGGACUCCAGGCUGGAGCACGUGGACUUCGACAGUCUGCUGGAGUGUCUCAGCGUGGGGAAACUGCUGCAAGUGUUUGCUUCGCUUCUGCUGGAGAGGCGGGUCAUCUUCAUCGCUGACAAACUCAGUGUGCUGUCCCGGUGUGGCCACGCGGCGCUGGCGCUGCUCUACCCGUUCACCUGGCAGCACACGUUUGUGCCCGUGUUACCGGCCAGCAUGCUGGACAUCAGCUGCUCCCCGACGCCCUUCCUCAUCGGCGUCCUGGCGCCGUGCCUGCCGGAGCUGCUGGAGCUGCCCAUCGAGGAGGUGCUUAUUGUGGAUCUGUGUGCAGACAAGUUUGUCGUUCAGCUCGGGGAUGAGGACUGCAUCCUGCCCAGUAAACUGCAGGCAGCACUGCAGCAGAUCCUGGAGGAGAGGGAAGAGAUCCUGAGACAAAACAACAGCGACGGGGAGGCGUCUGAAGGCCAGAAGGCGGACCUGAGCGCGCUGGUGUCCGAGGGCUUCGUGCGGUUCUUCGUGGAGCUGGUGGGCCACUACCCGCUACACAUGGUGGAGUCGUCCAACGGGAGCAAGGAGCUGCAGCGGGACAGUUUCCGCAAGUCUCACCCCUCCAGAGGCGUCCGGCAGUUCCUGCAGCUCUUCAUGGAGACUCAGAUGUUUGCCGGCUUCAUUCAGGACAAAGAGCUGCGCAAGGGAGGAGUGCGAGGUCUGUUUGAAGCCAGAGUGGCCGAGUACCUGGACUCGUGCCCGGAGCCGGAGCCGAGCGGCGUGAACAGGUUUCUUAAAGGACUCGGAAGCAAGAUGAAGCUCCUGCAAAUUAAAUGAAACUUAAAAAAAAAAAAAAAAAAGGACCAACAUCUUAUAAAACAAAAAGGUUUUGUGAUGAAAAACACUCGUUGCUGCUGGAUAAGGAACGUGGGAGAGUCUGGUGUUGGACGGGAAUAACACGACGCGCCUGCUAACGAAAACUGGAAACACUUUUUCAUUCUUUUGUUCAGCUUUGUUUCCCGGAGGCUCUCGGGGUUUUUGGUGAAGCUGCAGAAACUGCAGCUACUGAGGUUUUCAGCGUUUCACCCGCGCGGUUGUAAAUAUCUCCAUCUAAAUGGAAACUUGACUUUUCAUACAUUUCAUCCUAAAGUGUAACUUAACAGUCUCGUACGGUCUUCACAUUUUGUAAAUAGUGUUCGGUUCCGAGCUGGAACUUGUUUUUAUACGUUUUUAUUGUCGAGUUUCUGAUCAGCUGAUGUUUAUUACCUGGAAUCAGGACGUUUUAAGGUUUUUACUCCUUAAAUUAAGUCUUAUUACGCCUGUUGUCUUAAACUUUCUUCUUUCUGACUGUUUUUUAUAAACAUUUUGCACAUGUUCAGUGUACAGUAUUUGGAAUAUUUUUGUAUUAAAGCCUGGAAUGUC